GGUCAAUUCCCAUGCUCGGUUUGCAAUAAAGUAUUUUGCCAUUCGUCUUCAUUAAGUCGACACCGUAUGCAAUCACAUUUCAAAACCUAUCUUUGCCUCAAAUGUAAUACAGAAAUAUCUCACGAAAGUCUGAAAAUGCAUAUGCAAGAAGAACAUCAAAUUGCGAGACUUUUCAUGUGUCGAUGCUGUAAUUGGGCAUAUCAAGAUAAAACAACGCUACAUAUGCAUAUGCAAAGCAUGUUGAAUAAUAAUACACCUGGUGAUGUUGAAGUACUUGCGAAAAAUAACCUAUCAGUGCAAAGUCCACAAUCAAUUACUGAUUCUCCACCAAAUCCUGUAAAUACAACUACUAUUACUUCAUCAUCGAACAAUAACAAUCAUGAUUCAUCGGCAAAUAAUGGCUUAUUGAAUAGUUCCAUAUUUCCAUCGAUUACUUCUAAUAGCGAUAGCUUAUUUCCAACGAGACAAAAUGUGAGUUUUGCUUCUUUAUUGAAAUACAGUAAUAAACAUGUACUGAAUGAUCAGUGGAACUAUAUUAUAUACCAUACAGAUAUCAAAAACUACAAAUGA